AUUGAGAAGGUGUACCUGAACGAUGUCGUGUUUGGAGAUGAUAUUGAUAUAUUCUUCUCUCACUUAAGGCUGACAUAUGCUCAUGUUUGAGGGUUUCGUUUUCUGAUACAACUCCGAAGCCAUAACCAUUGAGCACAGUGAGACAAAAAUGCAAGAACCAAGUUCAAAACUGAAUUUGGGUUUUAAUGGAUGAAAACAAAGCCCGUCCGUACCAUGACCAACGUCUUGGUAGCCUUCAAAACUCGUAAUUUUUGGUGCAAUUUGAAACUAAAACCUGGGAACGCAACGUUUUGGUUAAUUAAGACCUCUUUCACUGUCUCAUUCAAAUUCCAUUAUGGGCAUCAAAAUCUUAUGUAUUUUAAAACCACGCUAUCGUCUCUUUGAAUGAAGAGGUUGCACUCCCUCACUUUGCUUGGCCUCAUAGCAACCCAUUGCCGAGCAAUCAAGUUAGGCUCCAUCGCAGAUCCUUACACUGCCAACAACCUCAUAACUUCGUAUGCAAAAUGCACCGAGUUAAAUUCUGCUCACCAAGUGUUCGACGAAAUGCCCCACAGAGACACCGUGUCUUGGAAUGCCAUAAUUUCCGCUUUUGCAAGUUCCGGUGACCUGGACACCACAUGGCAACUCCUCGGUGCCAUGAGAAGGUCUACACAUGCAUUUGACAGCCGCACAUUUGGAAGCAUUCUCAAGGGUGUUGCCUAUGUUGGCAAGCUCAAGCUAGGGCAACAACUUCAUUCUGUUAUGCUCAAGGUGGGGCUAUCAGAAAACGUGUUUUCUGGUAGUGCCCUCUUGGAUAUGUAUGCCAAGUGUGGGAGAGUUGACGAUGGAUAUGUUGUGUUCCAGAGCAUGCCAGAGCGCAAUUAUGUGUCGUGGAAUACACUUGUUGCCAGUUAUUCUCGAGUUGGUGAUUGUGACAUGGCAUUUUGGGUGCUAAGUUGUAUGGAGCUUGAAGGUGUAGAGAUUGAUGAUGGCACAGUGUCUCCACUUUUAACAUUGCUUGAUAAUGCCAUGUUUUAUAAGUUGACAAUGCAGUUGCAUUGUAAAAUUGUGAAACAUGGGCUGGAAUUGUUUAACACUGUCUGCAAUGCCACUAUCACGGCAUAUUCAGAGUGCUGCUCUUUGCAAGAUGCUGAGAGAGUAUUUGAUGGUGCUGUGUUGUGUCGUGAUCUGGUUACAUGGAAUUCCAUGCUUGGUGCUUACUUGAUGCAUGAGAAAGAAGAUCUUGCUUUUAAAGUUUUCCUUGAUAUGCAGAAUUUUGGGUUUGAGCCUGAUGCUUAUACUUACACUGGGAUUGUCGGUGCUUGUUCUGUGCAAGAGCAUAAAACCUGUGGAAAAUGUUUACAUGGGUUGGUGAUAAAAAGGGGUCUUGACAAUUCUGUGCCAGUUUCCAAUGCUUUGAUUUCCAUGUAUAUCAGAUUUAAUGAUAGGUGCAUGGAAGAUGCAUUAAGAAUCUUCUUUUCCAUGGAUCUCAAAGAUUGUUGCACUUGGAACUCCAUUUUGGCAGGAUAUGUACAAGUUGGUUUGAGUGAAGAUGCCUUGAGGUUAUUUUUACAGAUGAGAUGUCUGGUCAUAGAAAUUGACCACUAUACUUUUUCAGCUGUCAUAAGAUCAUGCUCAGAUUUAGCAACUUUACAGUUAGGUCAGCAAUUUCAUGUCUUAGCACUUAAAGUAGGUUUUGAUACCAAUAGUUAUGUCGGGAGUUCGUUGAUCUUCAUGUAUUCUAAAUGUGGGAUCAUAGAAGAUGCUAGGAAAUCUUUUGAAGCAACUUCCAAAGACAAUGCAAUUGUUUGGAAUUCAAUCAUCUUUGGGUAUGCACAACAUGGACAAGGAAACAUUGCACUUGACCUCUUUUACAUGAUGAAAGAGAGAAAGGUGAAACUUGAUCAUAUAACCUUUGUUGCAGUUCUAACUGCAUGUAGUCAUAAUGGGCUGGUAGAAGAAGGCUGCAACUUUAUAGAGUCUAUGGAGUCUGAUUUUGGUAUUCCACCACGACAGGAGCACUAUGCUUGUGCAAUUGAUCUCUAUGGUAGGGCAGGGCAUCUUAAGAAGGCAACAGCUUUGGUUGAAACAAUGCCUUUUGAACCUGAUGCAAUGGUGUUGAAAACUUUAUUAGGUGCUUGUAGAUUUUGUGGUGAUAUUGAAUUGGCUAGUCAAAUAGCAAAAAUUUUGUUAGAGCUGGAGCCUGAGGAGCACUGCACAUAUGUUAUACUCUCUGAAAUGUAUGGGCGCUUCAAGAUGUGGGGUGAGAAGGCUAGUGUAACAAGGAUGAUGCGAGAAAGGGGAGUGAAAAAGGUUCCAGGUUGGAGUUGGAUAGAAGUGAAAAAUAAUGUGCAUGCUUUCAACGCUGAAGAUCAUUCCCAUCCCCAAUGUGAAGAGAUAUACAUACUACUACAACAACUAAAUGAGGGAAUUAAGUUAUUUGAUAAUUUUGUCGAUCAAAUGUUACUGCAAAGUUUAGAUAAUCUAGAUGUUUAUGAUGAUCAAAAGUUCUUAUGAUUCUUGUAUUUUGUUUGUUGGAUUUCGUUGGAAGCUUUCAAGGAUGGUGUACAGAGUCUUCACAAGAUGUGAUAUGAACUUUGUCACUGAGAUCUAAUUUUUAAAACCCAUACUAGGCAAAAUCAGUUGCAGUUACAAUUGAUCGGUAUAACUUGAUGGGAUGAGUUGGAUCCUACGUAUAUCCACAUUCCACAACAACAACUACAAUGACAAUCACAGUUCAGUGAAGACUUAAAUUCUGAUAAGGCACGCAACGUUAAGAGAGGUAAUCUUACCUCAUUUUAUUUGGUGCAAACCACGUUGGCUGCAAAAUGCAUGUGAUUGUGAACUUUAUCAUUUUCUUUGUGCACAUAUAAUAUAUAUUUUUCCAGGCUCUCUUUUGUUCAGGUUCCCAAAGUCAAGAUAUACAAUUUCUGAUCUCUGCAUCCCAAUCAUAUACAUUAAUAUGGCUUCAAACAAGGCACAAUUGGUCGGAGGUUGGAAAAAGAGAUGAAAUACAAGUAUCUUGAUGCUGAUGAUUUUCAUUCUGAAUCAAACAAAGAAAAGAUGCGAAUGGGAAUCCCACUGGCACUUACGGAUGAAGACCGAAUGUCGGGCUUGAAUCACUAUGUGAUACCAUAAACGAAUACUUAAUUAACAAAAAGGGUCUGAUUCUUGGUCGUUCUGCUUUGAGGAAUCAAUAUAGAGAAAUGCUUAGAUCAGUGACCCUGGUUAUGAAUGGGGGACUUAUGCAAGUGGUGUUAACUUCAUUCUCUUGGAUGCUCCUGCUGGAGUGCUUAGUGUUCAAGUAAAUAAGAGAGCUGCAGAAGGGAAACAUUAUAUGCCUGCAUGAGUCUGCAUCUGUUCUGCAAUCUCAGUUAGAUUUACUUAAGAUUGAUGUUCUGACUUCUGAGGCAGUACUUAGAGUUGAUGCUACUUUGAGACCCCAAGCCAUUGUAAACAUGCACCAGUUUCAGGGCUGUUCAAUCAU